CCACCGGCCACCACUGACAGUUCAUUGGAAUCCCUAAUUAACCAGGUGCUGAAAUACGUGACAUAUUUUUGGAAGGGUAAGAUCGCAUUCUACCCAAUCACACAACACUUUUUUCUAUGAGUUAUAGUAUAAAGAUUAAAGAUUACUAAAACAAUGCACAUUAAAAAAUGGAUGUAAUAAAUGCAAUUAAGAACUUUAACACUGAUUUUGGAAUAAUAAAUAAAUCAACAUGGUUAGUCAAUUUGGUGUUACAGUUUCAGGAAACUUAUGGAGUGCAGUUUUGUGGGAUGAUUUGCUGUUGGAGCUUUUAUGUAGUAUUGUUGGGAUUAAUAUUGAUAACUACUACUCUAGUGGUUUAUUGUUUAAGAAGGUGUACAAGGAAAGUAUUUAAACCAAAAGAAUCUAUUUCACAAGAGACCACCCGUUUUCGGAAGAGGGACAAAGCACUCUUUUAUGGAAGAAAAAUGAUUCGGAAAGUAAAAAAUAUAUCUGGCCAAGUCCGCAAUUCCGGUCAAGGCAAAAAGAGAAAAAUGGUGAUGAAAUUUGCUAGAAGAUUAUUACAAUUGAAAAAGGAAACAGAUCAAGAACAACUUAAGGUGCUAGAACCUCCAGCAGAGUAUUUACAAGAAGACAUGCUUAGCGAUGACAGAAUGCCGCCUGAUGCUUUGUAUAUGUUGCAAAGUAUUAGGGUGUUCGGCCACUUUGAAAAGCCCAUAUUUUUGAAACUUUGCAAACAUACUGAAAUAAUUAACGUCCAUGCAGGAGCGUAUCUGUUUAGAAUAGGUGAUCCUGAUGAACAUGUUUAUAUUGUACAAAGUGGUAAACUCAGUGUAUCGAUUACUGGUAACGAUGGAUUGACGACUUUAAAGAUCGUCAAGCCAGGAGAAUCAGUUACAUCAUUGCUAAGUUUUACUGAUGUUUUAACAGGGCAUACAAGUCCUUACAAAACUGUGUCUGCUAAGGCUAUAGAAGAUUCCAUGGUAGUAAAACUACCGAUGUCUGCUUUUCAAGAAAUAUUUCAAGAAUAUCCCGAUAUUUUCGUAAGAGUAUUACAAGUUAUUAUGGUUAGGUUACAGAGAGUAACGUUUACAGCAUUACAUCAGUAUUUAGGCUUAAGUGCCGAAUUAGUUAGGCAGCAUCCAAAGCAAAAAAACUCACCAAUGAAGAAAAAGAAAGAAGAAUCUUCUCUCAAUACUACUCUUACGGAGACUCCGACAGCCACUACUCAACCUAUACCAGUGCCUGGCCAUAGGAGAAGUAAAUCAUCGUUAGAAUCAAAAUCGUUUUCACCAAGUGGGAAUUUCGGAAAUGGAAUGGCAGAGUCGGACAGUAUUCCAAGUGGCACUGUAUCGGAUUGUGGUUCCAUACCAAAAAAGAGGCUGUCAAUACAAAACCCGGAUAUUAAUGACGAAGAAUUAAUAGAAGUAGCAACCGAAGCAUUUGUCAAAGAAUUAGGUUUAGAAGAUUUGGAUUCUUUAAAAGGAAAGGUGGAAAUUAGGGAAGUGUCAGCAGGAACUUACUUGAUGAAAGAAGAUUCUAAUAAGGACGCAGCCCUUGUAUAUAUAAUCGCUGGUGCUCUGGUGGUCUCACAAAGAGUCACUGAAGGUGAAGAAGAAGUUCACAUGUUCACUGCGCAUCCUGGUGAAAUAGUAGGAGGAUUAGCAGUACUGACGGGGGAACCAAGCUUUUUCACCAUUAGAGCUAAACACUUAACAAGAAUAGCUUUAAUUUCCAAGAGUACAUUUUAUACUUUAAUGAAAGACCAACCCAAAAUAGUUCUCCAUAUAGCUCACUCCGUAGUAAGGCGAUUAUCUCCCUUUGUAAGGCAAGUUGAUUUUGCUCUGGACUGGAUAUUUAUGGAAUCCGGUAGAGCCAUAUACAGACAAGACGACGAAAGCGAUUCUACUUACAUCGUUUUGUCUGGUCGAUUGCGUUCUGUGAUAACUCAUAAAAAUGGGAAAAAAGAACUGGUGGGUGAAUAUGGAAAAGGAGAUUUAAUUGGAGUGGUGGAAAUGGUUACCCAAACAAAACGAAGUACAACAGUGAUAGCAGUUCGUGAUUCUGAAUUGGCCAAGUUACCAGAGGGAUUAUUCAAUGCCAUAAAAUUAAGAUAUCCAAUAGUUGUUACCAGAUUAAUCAAAUUAUUAGGUCAUAGGAUUCUAGGUACUUGGAAGAAGCCGGCAUUGAAUAUACAUGACACUAAUUCUCCUGCCGUGGAUACUAGGCCAUCGUCAGUUAAUUUUUCGACGGUAGCUAUCGUUGCUGCUUCAGAUGAUGUACCUUUGACUGCCUUUACUUACGAGCUCAAUCACUGUUUAAGUGCCAUUGGAUCAACUUUAAGACUGACGUCGGAUGUAGUACGUAAGACAUUAGGAAAUUCCAUCAUGGACCCAAAUAACGAAUACAGACUUUCAAAUUGGUUAGCCCAACAAGAAGAUCAACAUAGGAUCUCGCUAUAUCAAUGUGAUUUAACUGUAAGCGCAUGGACGCAAAGAUGUAUACGACAGGCUGAUUGUAUUCUUAUAGUAGGACUUGGUGACAAUCAUCCUUCCUUAGGGAAAGUGGAAAAAGAAAUUGAACGAUUGGCCAUACGGACUCAAAAAGAAUUAGUCUUGUUGCACCGAGAAGGCGGUAAACCUAAAAACACAAUUGCUUGGCUAAAUAUGAGAAGUUGGGUGUCGUCACAUCAUCACAUAUUAUGUCCAAAUAGGGUAUUCGCUAGAAAAUCAGUUAAUAGAAUUAACGAAUUAUACUCAAAAAUUCACACAACGCAGCCAAACGUACACUCCGACUUUUCUCGAUUAGCCAGAUGGUUAACAGGAAAAUCCGUAGGAUUAGUAUUAGGAGGAGGAGGUGCUAGGGGCUCUGCACAUGUAGGAAUGAUCAAAGCAAUCUAUGAAGCUGGAAUUCCUAUUGAUAUGGUAGGAGGUGUUAGUAUUGGAGCGUUUAUGGGAGCCUUAUGGUGUCAAGAGAGGAACAUGACGACUAUGACUCAAAAAGCGAGAGAGUGGUCUAAAAAAAUGACUCAGUGGUGGCGUCAAAUUCUAGACCUUACUUAUCCGAUGACGUCUAUGUUUAGCGGGAAAGAUUUUAAUCAUACGAUAAAAAGUACCUUCUCCGAUACAUACAUAGAAGAUUUGUGGUUGCCUUACUUUACUGUUACUACUGACAUUACUUCGUCUUGCAUGAGGAUCCAUUCGCACGGCUCGCUAUGGCGGUACGUACGCUCAUCGAUGUCCCUAUCUGGUUAUAUGCCACCGCUGUGUGAUCCUAUAGAUGGUCAUCUACUGUUAGAUGGAGGUUACACCAACAAUUUACCAGCUGAUGUCAUGCGAAGUCUUGGAGCAAAUCAUAUUUUGGCAAUCGAUGUUGGUUCCGUGGACGAUCAAGAUUUGACCAACUACGGCGACGAUCUAUCCGGAUGGUGGUUAUUGUGGAAGAGAUGGAACCCUUUUACACAACCAGUGAAGGUUCCCAACUUGCCAGAUAUACAGUCUAGAUUAGCCUACGUUAGCUGCGUUAGACAAUUAGAGGAAGUAAAAAAUAGCGAUUACUGUGAAUAUAUUCGUCCUCCUAUCGACAGAUAUCGAACCCUUCAAUUUGGAAGCUUUGACGAAAUACGAGAAGUCGGUUAUCAGCACGGUAAAGCUUACUUCGAGGGUCAGCUAAGAGCUGGUAAUUUACCAAUAGUCAAAAAUAUUAUGGAUGUACAUAGAAGUUCCACUACGAGUACACAAUCAUCAUUAGGAAACUAUACAUUUACUGAUUUAGCACAAAUGGUUUGCAAAGUAUCCAGACCAUACGAAGAGGAAGAAUCAAAUUCGAGUUCCUCGUCUGAAGAUGAAGGUAGGGAUGGAUACGCUUCGGAACCAACAGUUGGUAUAUCAGAAUUUCAGCGGCAGCUAAGCUGGCAUGGUUAUGAGAUGUCCACCACACCUUAAAUAACAUGUAGAUUAUUUGACUGAAAACAUUAUAGCCAGACGCACAGGAGGAUCCUUAUCAUUAUCAGAAAACGAGUUGGAGUCAGAUGUAGAUUUUGAUGUAAACCAAAGAAAUUUUGAAAAAGUAUCACAUUAGUGAAAUAUUUGUUAUUAAUUUUGUUAUUUAAAGUAGGUGUCAAUUAGAUAUUUUUUUUGUAAAUUAGUUUUUGUUAAAAAACUCGAGAAUUAUAUCACGUAUUUUCCAAAAGACAUGUUAGAUCUCGGUAUAAAGAUUUUCUAUUAAGUAAAAAUAUAUAAAAUCA